CAAAUGUAUAUGGAACAUGAAAAGAGCCCAAGAAGCUUUAGAUACGAGUCACAGAUCCCACAGUAAACUCUGUGAUGUUCGUCUGAUGUCCAACCUCAACACUCUGAGCAACAAAGUGCUGGGUCAUGCCCUCCUGCCAGAGUUUGUUCCCCCAGGCUGUCCCACAGGUGAGCGGAUUGCUGUGGAGUAUCUUCUCGCUCAGUCAGACAGCGGAGACCUCUUAGGUCCACAGCAGGACAACAAACUGGAAGUUAUUUUGCCAGAGGUGCCAGCUAACGUUCAGGAGGAGGACAGUCCUGAUGUCACCAUCAGUGAUGUCACUGACAUGCUCUCAGAGAGCCCCCACGACAUGCUACAGUGUGAAAGCCAGUUGGAAAUGCCAUCCUCUAACAUUGAUUUUCUCCAGGUAGAGUCUUCUCCCAUGUCAUCUGAGGAAACCAGUAUCGACUCAAGUCCUGCCUCUCCCACUCAUGCUGCUGCUUCACCCAGAGGUCAGCUUACUGGUGACCUCUCCUUUAGUGGACCAAGCAGCUCUUCCCAGGUGGACCAAGUAUCCCAGGAGACCCGGUGUGACUACAGAGGUUUUCCUGGGUGGGAGGCAGUUGACAGCUUGGCAGAGAACCUUUUGAGCCUCAACAGAACAAUAACUGCGUUGUCAACAACAGAGGUGGAAAAUGUGUUGCAGCUGUAUUCUAACCUGCAUGCUAUGGACAAGCAGCCUGUUAAAUACACCUUAAAAAACAAGAAGAGCACAUUACCAGGACCUUGGAGGGCUUCCCGGAAACGAAGUGGCUCUGCACCUGGUCAGCAAGCAGCUGAAAGACUCUUCAUGACCCAUGGCCAGGCUGCCCAGAGACCCAGAGCCUCUGAGUGCAUUUGCUUCAAGCAGUUCAAAGAAUAUCAGCAAGCAAGAAACCGGCCAAAAGACAGCAAGGGGAAGGUUUUACCCGUCCCGCAGUCUAUUAUUCAAACGUACUGUCACAUUAAACAAUUACUUGAGGACUCCAGGCCCAUACAGGACCAGACCAACUUGUUGUUGGUCACCAUCAACAAUACCACUGUGUGUGCUUGGCUACACGAGCGGCAGAAGAGAACCGACAGGGACGCUCUUCUCCAAGGUGUGAAUCUUCCUCCGAAGGUGUCCGUGGCUGACGCCUCCUUCCCAGAAGCGAGACAGUUCCCCUCCCUUCCUGUGGAACAUGGACAUACAAGCAUGGAGUUUAAAGAACCUGAAAACAGAGAAGGCGAGGCCCUGAUCCGUCAACGGGUUGGCGGUAAAGCUGGCUCCGCACAGCAAUGUCCUCCCUCAUACCAGCCAGGUCUCUUUUCACAGGCCGCAGUUCCUCCCAGCUUCCUGUAUCCACAGACUGACCAGCCACCAUCAUCUGCUUGGUCCUACUGUGAGCAGAACCAGAUGCCACAAGCCCCAUCCGCUUCUUUGGGUUUCGGCUUCGGUCCACCAGCUUCAGUUUUGACCUCAUUUGGACAAGGACAGUUCCCACCCCUUCCAUCUUCUCUGGCUCCAAUGUAUCGGUACUAUACACCACCACUUCACUCAUCCAUCCCAGCAGCUGCUGCUGAUUCAGCAUCAUCAUCACCAUCAGAUCAGACUCCAGCCAACAUGAAUCGCUACAGGAAGUGGAGACAGAAUAGGGCAGAAUUAGAAGACCAGGAACGCCUGGCAAGAGGGGAGCCUCCCAAAAAGCGCCAAUGGAAGCAGGACUACCACUAUCAGUGUUCAGUUUGUGGUCAGGCGAAAAACAAAAGCACUGGCCACACACAGAUUAAGGGAAAACGGUAAUGUCCAGCCUCUGGACAGACUGUUUUGGAAUGGAAAGAGUCUCUUGGGAAGCUGCGAUUGAAAGAUUUUCUUUUUAGUUUUCAUCUUUAAAUAUAAUCUCGCCAUUUGUGUUUUAAAGCCCAGAAUUGUUUAUAAAGUCCAAAAGGACGACUGCCAUGUUAUGAGGGCUUAUCAAUAAGUGGAUUGGUCUUUAUUCCUCUUUGUCCACUUUCAGUGAAAUAACUAAUUAAGUUGCUGAAAUUUGUUGUCAAACUAAAUCUGUGUUAUUCUGUGUUUAGUUACAGAAAAAUGACAUCAAGCUUUGUUGAUAUAUACACUAAAAUACAUUUGGUCUUUCUACCUAUUUUUAUAAUAUUUUUUUCUGUAAAAAAUUGUGUUUUUUUGUGAGUUUCCAGUUUUCAGGGGAUUGAAAUUUAAGCAUUUGGUUUUAUUUGUGCUAAAUGUGGAGCUAUUUUUAUCAGUGCAUGUGAGGUUGCAUGCAAUGCAAGAAUACUGACUGGCUUGGCUCACUGAUAGUUUUAUAUUCUAUAUUUAAAAUAUCUUUUGUUCUCUAUUGUUCUCUCUGUUACUAUUUGUAUGUUUUUAGUGAGCUUCUAGGCGCUGCUUUAUACAUGUCGACAUACAUUGUUAGUUCUCUGUGAUUGUAGUGUAAGAGUGA